GUCUCGUGUUGGUACCCCCUCCACCCGACGACAGCGCGCCGAUCGCAGCCCCGCCCGCCACGAGGCAACCCGCCGUUUCGUCCCCAUCGCCGCAUCGCGAGUCGCCGCGCAGCUCGGCUGACGUGGACGAGGCCUACCCUGACGUGUCCUCGCUCUCAAUUGGCCUGGCGAACAGCACGAUCCCGUCGCUGGAGCAUGCUGACGUGGAAGUGGUGGUUCCCAGGCGAGCGGGCGACGAGCACGAAGCGGGGGGGAGUGGGCCGGGAGGGGGAGGCGGAGAGGGGGAGGAAGGGGCGGAGGGGGGCUUUGCGAGCAUGGAUGCGAUGCUGCAGUGGGCCAUAGAGCGGUCGGACCCGGAGGCGUUGAAGCAGAGAGCCAAGGAGGUGGCGGAGCUCACACCCGCGGAGCUGGAGGAGAAGCGAAAACACAUCCGCGACGUGGUGGAGGCCAUGCGCAUGCCGUCCCCCGGCGACCUCAUGCGCGCCGCCGUUGCCCACAUCGCCCCGGCUGCUGCUGCUAAUGGGGGGGCGCCAGGGGAGCAAGGGGGAGGGGAGGAGCAUGAGCGCGUGGUGGGGGCGCUGGAGGAGCUGUCGCAGCUGGUGGAGCCCGUGCAUGCCGCCAACGAUCUGCACAAGCUGGGCGGGCUGGCACCGUUGGGGGCGCUGGUGGCGCAUGCGAGCAGCGAGGUGCGCAGCAUGGCGGCGCUGGUGGUGGGCAAGGCGGCGCAGAACAACCGCCAAGUGCAGCACCAG